AUGAAUAUUUCUCAUCAAUCUUUUCAAGUGAGCCUUUAUCGAGAUGACAAUGAAAAAUUGCAGGUGGGGAAUGUCUGCGACGCAGAUGUAUUGUUAGUGUCUGCAGACGGUAAUAAACUACCGGCACAUCAAUGUAUACUACAACAACGUGCACCUGGAUUCUAUAGACGACAUAUAGAGCCAACGAUUAUUGCAUCGAGGAAAAGUGGCAUCCUUAACGGACCACUCGAGGUUGCGGUUGGAGAUAUCGACUCGAAUGGAUUGAGAUCAGUGUAUACGGAUGAUGAAGUAUCGCAGUUACCUGAUCGAUGUGAUGUUAGGAUGCGAGAACGAGACGAUGAUAAUAAUAAUGAUGAUAGCAAUAAUGAUAACAUCGGGCGUAGAGGUAAUGGUAGGGACGGAGCAGGAAAGCCAGACUCCGAAAUGGAUGAAUCGAGUGAAUAUGAAGAUGUGAAACGUUUAUCGUCACAGGCANUGAUGAAUGUGCAACACCUCAAGGGGAUUCACUUGAAACGUCCCAAAAUGCGUCGUUCUGUCAGUGGAAUGAUGGAAGAGUCAGUGAUAUCGAUCCAAGCUCAACCGCAGAUGACAUCCUUUCGGGAAUUGGCAUCAGAGUCGCCAAUGUGCACAUCAUUAUCAUCUGAACGUUUAGAGAGUCGCUUGUCAAACCACACAAAUCACGAGUCAUCACCACCCAAACAACAGUCUCUUGACGGUGCUGAAAGAAAACAUUCUCAUGUUGAUAUGUCAUCAGGUAAAUUCAUACGAUUCGACGAUGAACAAUCGCAACAAAACGAAAUGAAUCAGUCGAGUAGUGAGCAAGACAGAUCAAUGACUUCGAGUGGUGCUUCCAAACAUAUUUUCCCGAUGUUCAUUGGACUUGAAGGUAAUCAAGAUACGAACGAAAUGUGGCAUAGCGCACCGGGACCUGAGGGUAUAAGAGGUCGUGCGAUAAUGGCCAGACGACUCUCAGUUACCUCGCUAACAUCAUUGACUUCUAUCGAUUUAACACCUAAUCAUGAUGGAACGAUUCCACCAGCCGAUCGCAAUCCGUCGUGCAAAUUGGCCUCUGAUUUAUUGAAUAUGUACUUGAAGAAUAUCGAUACCGACGUGAUUGUUAAGACUGAUAAUGGAGAAUUAUUCGCUCAUAGAUGUAUAUUAUCGGCUACUUGUCCGUAUUUCAAGAAUCAAUUGCAAAAACAUCGUAAAAACCAAAUCGAAUUAAAAGGGUACUCUCGGACUGCAGUACAUUUUUUCUUGUCUUUUCUUUAUGGCGGAUUGACAUCAAUCGGCGAUGACGUCGAUGUAUGGGAGUUGAUUUCAUUAGCGACGCAUUUGAACAUGGAUAGUUUGACGAAAGUUAUUUUACUGCAUUUCAGAGCUUAUAAAUGUCACUUCUUUCAUAGGAAGAAAAUUCCUUUCGACUUGAAGUUUCAAGUUCUAACCUCUCAGUGGUUUCAGCCGUGUGCCACUUGUGUAUCUGCGAUUUUCGAUGCCCUUCCUCAGUUUCAUGCAAUCAAAUGCCUUCGACCACUCUACGAUGAAGCUCUUUCGUGGCAAGCGAAAUAUUUUGCACGCAUUUGGAAGGGACGAGUGUUUCUGCAUUUAAAUCCACGAUGGCAAAAAGAAUGUUUUGAAACGUUGGUUAGGGAAAUGGAUGAAGAAUCCGUAAUCGACGUCCUUUUGGGAUGUGAACGAUUACAGAUGUCGUUACCACGAUCCAAAUCAACAGUGGCGAGUGAAGUGGUGUUGGGUUUAGUAGCCGAUAUCUUAGAAUAUUGCCAAGAAUUUAUUAUGCAAUCUUUUGAUGAAGUCGUUGGAUCAGAGGCCUUUAAGGCACAGGGGAAGGGAUUGGCAUUGAAUUUAUCACUGUUGGAAGAUAUUCUACCAACGUUGGUACAUACUCUGUCGGCUGAAAUCGCCAUUAAAACCUACUUGAAUUUAUUGCAUCUGUCGAAAAUAAUUCAAAAUGAAUCAUCUCAACCAAAACGAUCCAUGCACUCUACACUAUCAAUUCCUAUCGAUGAAUGGAGUCCGAAAUUCAUGAAUUUGGUUCGCCGAUUAUGCGAUUUAGUCGAUAAGCAUCUUCUCCAUUACGCCGCUUCUGUGGUGAAAGCAGAAGCAUGGAAUUUGUUGAGUGAUGCUGACCAAAAACGCAUCCAUGAAACUGGUAUAUUCGUUGAAAUGAAACAACCAAGAGCACCGCCGCCCAAAUUGUCCAGUUUCAAUCGAACCUACAAACGCUCUGCAAGUGCAGGUGUUCAAAUGUUACCGGGCAGUUUGCAUGAAAGAACGCGAUCGUUGGAAAGAAAUCGUCACUUCUCAGUUAUUGGACAGGUGCCUAAACGAUCGACUAGUAUGAAAGAACGUUCAUCGACCAAACUGACGAUCGAUCACGAGACUGAGCCAAAUUCUUCGAGUUCAACGAUAGGGCCAUCUACCACUUCACCGUCAAGCAUAAAGCCAGAACAGCGUCGAAAAGUGUCAGCAUCAAAAAUCAGGGCCACAAAAAGUGACGUCGGUAUUUUGCUGAGCAGUAAUAUAACACAAGCGAUUCGAAAGGACAGUCCAAGAAGGCGAUGGGCAACUGCUAGUAAAGAGACAUCGUUUAGUAAGGAGACUGAUGAGGAAGAAACUCUCGAAGAGCAACGACUCGAACGUCAACAUACUCAUACACUAAUGUCCUCGUCUGCAAACCGAGCUAAUUUGCCGCAUAUCACAUCCGCACAAACUCAAGAACAAUCUCUUAAAAAGGGACCGGAUAAACCGAAAUCGGUUGUGAAACCAAUGGUGAAAGAGACUCAAUCGCCAAGUACCGUAGUCUCAUCAAGAGCUUCUUUAUCCUCUGCUUCAGCACAGCCGUCUACCUCACAGGAUGCCCUCUGA